AAUGAGUAUACAAGUACCGUAUAGAGGAUGUUGACGUCAUCAUUAAUGGCCAGUGUUGUUCCUGAAAACUGCAUAACACGGCUGUGUGUUUCGUUAUCGUUCUUUUAUAGAUUGAUGCCUUGCAUCCACAUCCUAAUCAUUUAAAUGGCAGACUAUUGGAAAUCACAACCGAGAAAAUUCUGCCAAUACUGCAAGUGUUGGAUUGCGGACAAUAAACCCAGCAUAGAGUUUCACGAAAGAGGGAAAAAUCACAAAGAAAAUGUGGCAGCCAAAAUUUCAGAGAUCAAAAAGAAAAGUGUUCAAAAGGCAAAACAAGAGAACCGUAUGUGUAAACAAUUUGCAGCAAUGGAAGAAGCUGCGCUCAAGGCAUAUGAGGAAGACCUAAAGAGGCUGGAAAAGGAAUCGAGUCCCUCUGUCCCAACCACAGCAUUGCCAAAACCUAAACCUCCACCGAUAAUACUGUGCGAGCCACCACCACAUAAAAACUAUCAAAAGAAAUCACAAAAAACAAAGAAGCCAGCGGGGGAGCAAACACAGACUUGGGUUGAAGGAUGGACACAUGACGGACACAUGUACUAUUACAAUACAGCAAGUGGAGAGUCUCAGUGGGACAGACCUGAGGGCUUCCUUGGUAGCUCGUACUUUGUACAGGCUGAACAGUACAAGAGCUCUGCAGGAAGUGCUUGGAUGGAAGGUGUCAGCCCUGAAGGAUAUACAUAUUGGUACCAUACACAAACCGGAGAGUCCAGAUGGGAAAAGCCAAUUGACUUACCUACUAAUGAAACUCCUGAAUCCAAUUUAGCAUCUGGCAGUGAGAAAGUGCUUAAGGAGGCAGACAAGAGUGAAAAUGAGGCCCAAUUAGGUUCAGAAGUUGCUGAACAACCUAUCCUGCAGUCCACUGACCCAGAAAAUACCUCAAGGAAAAGGAAAGCAGAUGGGGAUAUUUCAGGAAAGAGUGAUGAUGAUGAAACAAAUAUGCCUCAAGAGGAUGUUGAAGAGAAAAAACAAGAGGACCUUAAUGUAACAAGUGAAGCUGAAGUGGAAAAAACGGAAGACGUGGCUAAAGCUAAGAGGCCAAAAUCCUUGAACCCAUAUGGAGCCUGGGAACAGAUCAAGGAGGAGAAGGAUCCGUACGCCAACGUGGAUUUACAGUUGCCCCAAGUAGCAGUUGAAGAAAUUGCGCCAACAGAAUUACCGCCAGAACCAAAACCCAAGUUCAAGGAGCGCAUCAUCACAUCACUCGGAGUGCCAGGCGGGCCCACAUCGUUCAAAAAAAGCAAGACACAGAAUGGCAAAUCUAGAAGCUUUAGGCAGAGAGACAAUGACGACUAGCAACAUUUUGUAAAUUAAUUAUUUUCUAUCUAGUUUAUUUAACUCUUGCCUAUGAACAUAUGCAGGAGGUUCAUGAUCAAAUGGUAGUAGGACUGUAUAGAGCAGCAAAAAAAUGACAACUUCCACAUUAGUGUCUAAAAAUAUUAAGGCAAAUAAAACCUUUUUUACACAAAGUAUCUAUAAUAGUUACCAAUUGUUUUCACAUUAGUUCUUACCGUAUUUUUAUAUUUUGCUUGAGGAAAACAAGCAUGAUCAUGUACAGUAAAUUGCAAACGAGUGUGGCUGUUGAUAAACUCUAGAUUUGUGGAUUUCAGGGCAUUUCUGGGUCUCUUCUCGUGGAUUUGGGUCAUUUCCUGUUCAUUUUGGGGGGUCAAAUAUAAUGAUUUAUAUAAUUUCUGUGGGUCCAUUAAUUUUUUUUUGUGGGUCAAAGUGAAAGGUGAAUGGAGAAUUUCUUGUGGGUUUUAAUCAGUAACAAGAAUUAGAUGAGCAAUUUCAAUAUGUUUAUAAUUAUUUGAAAUGAAUGGUAAUCCCACAAAACCUGGAAAUUUUUGCUCGAUUUUACGACAAAAAAAAAAGGAGCAAUAACAUGGGAUGCUUUGACUUUGUGAAAUUUAACAUCCUUAGUUUCAUUCUGCAGAAGUGUGCAAAGUGCUUCUGCUGUUCUCCACCAGGUCCAGAAGAGCCUCCCUUUCCAAGUGUUCAAGUACGGCAGUGAUGAGCUCAUCAAGCGCUUCACCUCCUCGCAUGAACUCCUGAAGUGGAUAUGCAUACAUGAAACCAAUGUCUAAUCUGAAGUCAAGUGAAGACUCAUUUCAGGAAUCUAACCUUAAUAUCUCUGCAAAUGUAGCCUAUCCGGUGGUCUGUGAUUCGAUCCUGGCUGAAAUUGUACGUGCGAAUCCUGUCCGACUGUGAGCGAGUUCCCACCUGAUGUGAGAUAUGGUCCAGUGAAUUAACACAUUGGCAUUCGCAUUCCACCUUUGAAAUGGGGUCGGUAAAUUGUGUGCAUUGUCAUAAUGAAAACUUUCCAUGGGAAUAAGUUACAUUUAAGUUAUAUUUAACUCAACAUCCAUGUUUUUCUUUGAUUAAAGAACUGAGUGUUAAAUAUUAAAGGUUAAUAGAGUUCUACUUACAAAUACUGUAAAUGCAUUCAAUAACCUGAUUUUCUUAUAUGUAUGCAAUAUAUUUUCAAUUUUCUCCACCUUAAUAGAAAUUUCUCAAGUUCUGACCCGUGGUUUGAUACAUUAUUUUCGUAUUUACAUAAAUACAAUCAAAAUUACCUGUUGCUUACGGGCUAAAAGCUUCUGCUCAGUCUCUUUACCCAUCAUACGCUGGUAGAGUCUGGCCUUUAGCAUGCGCAUAGCAGUUUCUCUGUUUUGCAGUUGAGAGCGAGUCUGUUGACAUUCUGCUGUAAUACCUAUUAAAACAGCAGGAGGUUAAUGUCUAGUGCACAGGUGUCAAACUCACGGCCUGGGGGCGAAAUCUUACAUGCUAAAUCAUUUUGUGUGCCUCGAGAAAGUAAAUUAUGUGAAACCACACCCGUUUUCUGCAAAAAUAGAUAUAUGACGGAAAACACUGAGGUGACUUGAAGUUCCGCUCUGAGACCCCUUAUUUGGCUAACUUUCAAAAAUUUUCUGAUAUGCAUGUGUGAUACAUCAUUGGAAAGCUUAAAAUCUCAAUUUUCUGGGGGAAAAUUUUGAAAAGGAAGGAAUUUAAAAAAAACGGCAAAACCCUAACUGGAGGUGAGAGCACGCGAGAGCAGAAUUAAAGAUGCCACUAUUUUAAUGAGAUAUUAUCGCGUACUUACCUUGUUUCGGUCCAAAACAUCCAUGGAGCAUGUAUCAUCGAGUGUCAAGACACAGAUGUGAAUGGCCACAGCCGGAUUUUUGGGGGAUUUUAUGGGUGAAACAUGGUAAUAUAACAAGGGUCGCGAUGCAGAAAUCGUAGACAUCAAGGAGUGGUUGAGAUGUUCAAUUUCAUAUAUUUACCCUUUUAAAAAAAAAAAUUUCCCCAAUUUUUCUUUGUUUGGAUCGAUUAGUCAUCAUCUAAUAUUUUGGGGAAAAUGCGACGGUAACAAAAAUACAAUUAAGCGAUAGUUAUGAGGUAGAUAUCCGUGACUAAUUUACAGAGACCAUUUUUUUCAUUGUGACGUAAUGUGUUUAAAAGUUUAAAAUAUGCGAGUGAAUAAUUUUUUAUAGUUUUUUUUUUUUUUUUUAAAGCGAAAUAUUAGACAUCAAUUAAUUAUUCCAAGCAAAAAAUGACAAGACAUUUCGAAUAAUGUAACAAAAGCUCUUGCGCGACGUCUGCAAACGGGGGGGUUUCCAGGGUAAAACGGACAAAUUAAAAAUAGUUUGAGGGCUUAAUGCACCAUAAAUCUGCUAUGGCCGCAUAUACAUGUUGUUCUAUCAAACACAACAGUUCUUUUCGCUUAAAAUACAGCAGUUUAUUUUAAAGAGGGGUGCAAGAGCAGAAACUGCUUUUUCAGCCUUGUCUGUGUUUCCGCCAUAUAUAUAUUAUUAAAUGUCUGUACUCCUCAAUGAUAGCGCAAAGGCAAUAAAAAUAUUUAUCAGUGUAUCGUUCAUUUAUUCCAUAUCUGUUUUAGAAUCCAAAAUCUGAACACGGAUAACAACUUAUUUUCGAUGUGUCGUGACCCGGAAGUUGAUUUUUUUCUCAGAAAGAUCAAUCAGUCUCUACCGGAUGAUUUCAUUGAUGGGUGAAUCAUGUUAUCAUUAAUGUUUUUCUCAAGGAUGACAGACGAGUACGUCCUUUUUAAAGGGGGGGAGCAUGUCACUUGUUAGUGUUCUGUACAUAUUUUACCGAGAGGAAUUUGUUCGUGUGCUGUGUGUUCCGCCUGGACCUAAAGGUGUUACACUCCUUCUGUUGUUCCCACGUGUGCCCGUUUUGAGUGAAAGUUCAGUUGGGUAGGGAAAAUAAAUGUUCCCAGUUGUCGACCUCAGUACUCCGACUCCUUCUUCCUGGCACCCACUCCCUGUACAUCGCCUUCUCUAUCUGUGAACAGGUUUCAAGAUCCGCACGGUUAAAGACUAGCCUCACUGAAAAAAAGUCAACUUCCGGAUCACAACACAUUAAAAAUGAUACAAACCAGAAUCGAAUAAAACAAAAAUAUCACGAUAAUUCCAUUCUUUCAUAGUCUAGCUUUAAUUUCAAAGCAAUCAAAACAG